AUGCGCAAGGGCGUGCUUAUUUUCCUCGUCAUAAACCUCAUCGUCAUCGGCGUGCUCGUCCACAACGUUUGGACCCUUCUUGAGCUUCUCGUCGUCGAUGGCUCCGAGGACCGCAUCUCGCGCGCUGAGCUUCCGGCCCCUAACUCGGGCGCCAUCAGCGAGCGGCCCCAAUUGAUCCCCAAGAUCAUCCACCAGACUUACAUCAACGAGAGCAUCCCAGAGCGCUGGCAGGAGGCACAGAAGAGCUGCAUCGAUCUGCACGAGGACUACGAGUACAGGCUAUGGACAGACAAGAAGUCUCGCGAGUUCAUCGCCGCGGAAUACCCAUGGUUCUUGGAGACCUUUGACGGCUAUGAGUUCCCGAUCCAGCGUGCCGAUUCGAUUCGCUAUUUCGUGCUCGCGCACUUCGGUGGCAUCUACAUUGAUCUCGAUGAUGGCUGCAACCGCCGCCUGGACCCUCUCCUCUCAUACCCAAGCUGGCUUCGCCGCACCGUUCCUACCGGCGUGUCCAAUGACGCCAUGGGUGCUGUCCCGCGACACCCCUUCUUCCUCAAGGUUAUCGAUGCGCUGCCAAGAUACAACCGUAACUGGUUGCUGCCUUACAUCACUGUCAUGGGUUCGACGGGUCCGCUCUUCCUCAGCGUCAUCUGGAGGCACUACAUCAACGAGGGCGCCGCGGCUGCGGAGGAUGCCGAGAUCCGCAUCCUGUUCCCUGACGAAUACAACAACCACCCGUGGAGUUUCUUCACGCACCACCUCGGAAACAGCUGGCAUGGUGGGGACGUGAAGCUUAUUUUCUGGAUGGCGCGCCACUGGUUCUUCCUCACCGUCCUUGGAUUCAUCAUUGGUUUCUCGGUCAUCGGAAGCCUCUGGUGGACGUACCGUUGCAUGUCCCAUCAAAGCAGGAGAGGCGGGAUCGCCCGUUUCCUGCCUAUUCCGGGGACUCGCCGCUCCGGAGAUGCCGAGUAUGAGCUUGUUGGUCGGAAAGACGAUGAUGACCACAAGGUCUGA